AUGAGAGCCGAUGCUCCGGGAGGAUUCCUGGUGCUGCCGUGGCCGCACCAGGAAGGGGGGUCAGACCCAGACCUGGACCUGGAGCCGGUGGAGGAGGACCAGGGUGGUCUGCUGCUGAGGUCUGGAGCUCUAGUGGGACUCAUUCUGAUCUGUGUGACGGUGUUGAGGAGGUGGAUUGCAGGUGGAGUGUGUCGCUCUCCAGCUCGUCUGGAUGGAAAGACGGUUCUGAUCACCGGAGCAAACACCGGCAUCGGCAAAGAGACCAGCAGAGACAUGGCACGCAGAGGGGCCCGGGUGGUGAUGGCGUGCAGGGACCUGACCCGGGCGGAGCAGGCAGCGGAGGAGAUCCGUCAUUCGACAGGAAACGGAAACGUUGUGAUCAGACAUCUGGAUCUGAGCUCCGUUUACUCCGUCAGACAGUUUAGUAAAGACUUCAUGGACACUGAGGACAGACUAGACGUCCUCAUCAACAACGCAGGAGUGAUGAUGUGUCCAAGAUGGCUGACAGAAGACGGUUUUGAGACUCAGCUGGCUGUCAAUCAUCUGGGUCACUUCCUGCUGACCAAUCUGCUGCUGCCGAUGCUGAAGAGCUCUGUCCCCAGCCGCGUGGUCACCGUGUCGUCCAUCGCCCACCGAGGGGGUCGCAUCGACUUUGACGACUUGUUCUCCAGCAGAAAGACGUACAGCUCUAUGGAGAGCUACAGACAGAGCAAGCUGGCCAACGUCCUGUUCUCCAGAGAACUCGGCCGACGACUCACAGGCUCCGGUGUGUCGUCAUUCUGUCUCCACCCGGGUGUGAUCCGGACCGAACUGGGUCGUCACGUGGAGGGCUGGCUCCCCAUGCUAGGGGCGCUGCUGAGACUCCCCUCCCUGCUGCUCAUGAAGACCCCCAGUCAGGGAUGUCAGACCACCGUGUACUGCGCCGUGACGCCGGGUCUGGAGGGCCAAUCGGGACGAUACUUUAGUGACUGUGCAGAGAAGGAGGCGGCUCCAGAGGGGCGGGACAACUUCGUGGCGAGGAAGCUGUGGGAGGAGAGCGCCCAAUUGGUCGGAUUGAAGGACACGUGCUGACCUUUGACCUUGGCCCUGCUGUUUGUGUGGACUGACUGCAGCGCCCCCAUCAGGGGGAGGGCGGUACAACAUCCGUGAAACACUCGGUGUGACUGACAGAUGAUGGGAGCCAAUCAGAGGCAUCCCUGAUGGUCAGGGUGGGAGAAAUAAUAAUCAAUAAUUUGACUGAAUAAAAAAUGUUUGCUGUUUUAUUAUUAUGGCUUUGUAAAUCAUGAUUAAAUUAUUAUUAUUAUUAUUAUGAGAUUAAAAAGUAAUGACUAAGAUAUUUCUGAGAAUUUUUUUCAGUUAUCUAUCUUUCAUAAUAAAUAUGGAACCAAACUUUUUUAAUUAGCUGUGAUGUGAAAAUGAUUUAUUAGAAUGUGAACGUGGCGCCUAAUUGGACGGCGUUUUCAAAAAAGUUUGGACUGAAUGUUUUUUUUAGUUUCCAUCAGAGCAAAGUUCAAACAUCAACAUGUUCCUUUAAUCCAUUUAAAUGUUCCUGAUGUUCACUUUUAAUAAAUUCUUAUUUACUGGUUGGUUCAUAUUUCUUUCAGGUUUCUUUGAUUUUUCUGAAUGUUUCCUCCAGUUUUUCUUCUUAUUGUUUGCUUUUAAUUCUCAUUUAACUUCCUUUAUCUCUUUCCUCUCUUUCCUCUUUCCUCCUUAUUGUUUCCUUAAUGUUCCCUUAGAGUUUAUUUGAUAUUUCCUUAUUGUUUGCUCCUCUGAGUUGUUGAUAUUUAAAGUUCUUUUCUUAAGUGUGGAUAUUAAAGAGCUCUGUUUGGUUUAUAAAAGGCAAAUUAUGUUUUGAAUAUUCAGGAAAUCAGAUUCAGCAGCUUUUUGUUUAAUGGUGUGUUUGUGAGUUUAGAUAAAUUAAUUAAAUCCAAGUUAACAACCUUUUAAAUUUUAAGUUUUAUGAAACAAAUUGUGAUAUUUUUAAGUUUGUAACAUGAAAACUUUUGAUGAUGAAGAUGAAGAUGAUGAUGAUGAUGAUGAUCAUGACAGGACAUGAUUGUAUUUUUCUGAAUAAAGGAUU